AACAUCUCUGUUACUAAUAGCAACACAUUGUUGUUUACAAAUUUAUUGACAUAAGAAAAUUAGAAUACUUUUGUAGUUGUGUUCGUAAUCCUCACAAAUUCCGGCUUAGCAAAAUUUAUCGGCCAGCACCCACUGGUCACAUAAAAAAUUGCAAAAGCUCGAGUUACCAUUCACGACGGUCCAUAAAUUGCGCGAAAUGUUCAAAAACACGUUUCAAUCCGGAUUUCUGUCAAUACUUUACAGCAUUGGUUCCAAGCCGCUCCAGCUAUGGGACAAGAAAGUUCGAAAUGGACAUAUCAAACGAAUAACUGACAAUGAUAUUCAGAGCCUAGUUCUUGAAAUAGUUGGAACUAACGUUAGCACAACAUUUAUCACUUGCCCGGCUGACCCAAAGAAGACGCUGGGCAUUAAGCUGCCUUUCUUGGUGAUGAUAAUCAAGAACAUGAAGAAGUACUUCACUUUUGAAGUCCAGGUUCUAGACGAUAAAAAUGUGCGACGUCGUUUUCGCGCCAGCAAUUAUCAAUCGACCACACGGGUGAAGCCGUUUAUAUGUACAAUGCCAAUGCGUUUGGAUGAGGGUUGGAAUCAAAUACAAUUUAAUUUGUCCGACUUUACACGUCGCGCCUAUGGUACCAACUACGUGGAGACACUACGGGUUCAGAUCCAUGCAAAUUGUCGAAUACGUCGAGUAUAUUUUUCGGAUCGGCUCUACUCGGAAGAUGAGCUCCCUCCAGAAUUCAAGUUGUUUUUGCCCAUACAAAAACCAGUUCAAAAAUCGAAUGCCAUAUGCAGUUAACCAGCUUCGAUGUCGAUUCAAUUCCAAAAUAUAUGCACAUAUAU